CAAGAUGAGGUCUCCUCAAUCGACCUCCCAAAGGAGGGACCAAGGACCCGCUCAAGGUCACGUUAUUCAUAACUAUAUAUAUGGAAUAUGGAAUACUUGUUUCAUUUAGAACUAAGAAAUGUCGGGACCUGGGUUGACAAUUCCCAAGUUUUGUUCCUUUUUGAACCGCUUAACUUCAUAUUUAUUUGUCAAUUCUGAAUUUUUCCUCUUCUUAGUUUUCAAGGAAGUAUCAUCAAAUUUGGGAUUCAACUACAAUGCAAAAAUGGAGACGGUAAAUUUCAAAUAUGGAGAUGUCAAGGGCAACUUCUUUCAUUCAAAUAAAGCACUGAUAAGCAUAGCCAUAAAUUACACCACCAUAAGAGACAUAAUCACAACGUUGGCAGAAAAGGCUAUAUACAUAAAAUGGGAUUUCACAAACACAACCGGAAAAGACUCCUCAAAAGUUAGAAGAGAAAUAAGAGAGAGAAUACGAAAUAAGCCGUGGGAAAUAAUAUCAGCGUCAAAAGAAGAUUUUCAAUCUUCUGAUUGGAGAAACACUGAAGAGAAAGCUUGCGGUUGCUUGAUAGUUAGAGAGAACACUGAGUACUGUCCCACUGGGUCUGUCAAGAUGGCCAUUAACAGAAACUUGAACUUGAUAUUGGAGGGCACACAACAAGAGAUAGAAGUGUCAGUAAGAAGUGAAGAUCUUAAGUGCUACAAAUCAGACAUAAUGUGCAGUGAUGAGAGAAUUCUUCCAUACUUCACUUUCAAGGACAUGGUGACAAGCAGAUUCUCAUAUAUGCUGAGAAUAUGGAAAGAUGUGCGAGAAAAGAUAGAGAAAGGGGAUUUUAAGCACCAGAAUGAGUACUUCGAUCCAUAUUUGCAAAACAAGGCAAGGUCUUUUUCAGAAGGUUGUAGAACAGUCUUAAGCAGAAUAGUUGCUGAAGGAGGGUGGGAAAAGUCUAACUGCUGCUUCUUCUACUUGUUUUGUAACAAAGAUCCAACUAAUGUGGAUGAUGAAGUGUCAAAGUUUACCACAGCUCAAGGAUACACCAUAGAUUUGAGCUCAGAGACAGGGAUAUUCCAAUUGUUGUUUCCAUUAAUUUAUAUUCCAAUUUGA